CGCAUAGACCCCCGAGUGGAGUAUGUUCGGGUAUGGAGAGAAGCCGAUCCCAUUACUCAUACCUUUCGCUGGCUUGUUGAGCAUCAUACUUGGCACUUCUCAACUAAAGUAACAAAUCUUUCUAUGAUCCAAGAAAAAUAAAGAGAUGGAAACCAAAAUGAAACUAAACAUUAUCCAUUCCCAUCUCUGCUUUCUUCUGAUUCUCUUUUCCUCUGUUCCUUCUUUUGUUGUGAGCUUCAAUGAAAAACUGGAGGGAGAAGACACUGAAAGAUCCGGAUUCCCUGAUGAUUUCUUCUUUGGAACAUCCACUUAUUCGUAUCAAAUUGAAGGAGCAUAUCAUCAAGAUGGCAAGAGUCUCAGCAACUGGGAUGUUUUCACUCAUACCCAAGGGGGCCAAACGAAGGGAGCGAACGGGGAUGUGGCCAACAACCAUUACCAUCGCUACCUGGAAGACAUUGAGAUGAUGAAUUCUUUGGGGGUCAAUGCCUACAGAUUUUCAAUCUCUUGGACCAGAGUUCUACCUAGAGGAAGAUUUGGUGCCGUGAAUCCAAGAGGUGUAACGUUCUAUAACGAUAUCAUAGACAAUCUUUUGCUCCAAGGAAUUGAGCCAUUUGUGACAAUAAACCAUAAUGAUUUCCCACAAGAACUCGAGGAACGAUAUGGGUCUUGGCUCAGUCCUCUAAUGCAGGAAGAUUUUGUCCAUUUUGCUAAAACUUGUUUUGAAAGUUUUGGGGAUCGAGUGAGGUACUGGAUCACAAUCAACGAGCCAAACUUAUUUGCGGUACUCGCCUACAAGGAGGGCAUGUUUCCACCGUCCCACUGUUCCGAGCCUUAUGGGAAUUGUUCCAUUGGCAAUUCCAUCAAAGAGCCACUUAUUUCUAUGCACAACAUGUUAUUGGCACAUGCCAGGGCUGUCAAGCUCUAUCGCGAGCAUUUUCAGGGCGGAUCAAUUGGAAUUGUGGCAUAUGCAGAUAUGUAUGAACCAUUGACAGAUGAUGAUCUUGAUAGGGAAGCUGCAAGUAGGGUCUUGGCUUUCAAUCUGGCCUGGGUUUUUGAUCCCUUGUCAUUGGGAGAUUACCCUCCGGAAAUGCGGCGCUAUCACGGGAAUGAAUUACCAAGAUUCUCCGUGGAGGAAAGAAAUUACGUAAAAGGCAGCAUCGACUUCAUUGGCAUUAACCAUUACUCAACUCUUUAUGCCAAGGACUGCAUCCAUUCCAGUUGUAACUUUCAAGGGAAUGGUCAUGUGAUUGGAUUUUCCUACGUUACAGGGGAACGCGAUGGUGUUCCAAUAGGAGAACCGGCAGGGAUGGAUGGAAUGUACGUAGUUCCAAGGGGCAUGGAGAAGAUUAUCGAAUAUCUUAAGAAAAGAUACCAUAACAAACCUACAUUUGUGCUUGAAAAUGGGUAUGCUCAAAUAAGACAAGAUAUACAAGUCCAAGACUCACUGUUUGAUGUCAAGCGAGUCGAAUUUCACAAGGCAUACCUUGCUUCCUUGGCCAAAGCAAUCAGGAAUGGAGCCGAUGUGCGUGGCUACUUCAUAUGGACAUUGAUGGAUGACUUCGAAUGGCUAGACGGUUACAACGUUGGAUUCGGACUUUACUACGUCGAUCGAAAAUCGCUACAACGGAUACCAAAACUUUCUGCAAAGUGGUACAAGAAUUUUCUGACCAGCAAUAGCCUCAACGAUGAGGAAGCUAGUAGUUAUGAGUCCGAGGAGGAGUUCUACAUUCAGAAGCAGAGAAAGGUCAUAUUAUCAGGAGUAAAAACCAAACAAGCAGAAAUGUAGUACGAUUUCAAGAAUCUCUAUCGUUGCUUUUGUGAAAUUUGUUUAUGUCAAUAGUUUGUGUUCAUAACUCGGGUGUCCAAGCCAGCUUAUAUAUCAAUAGUUGAUUCCACGCUUAUAAACUUUUUUAUGCUUUUACAGGCUCGUCGCUGGUUUUGAGCGACCAACAAAAUUAGCCUAGUUGAUUUUAUUCGAUUACCCAUAGAAGCGAGUAGUAUGUAUACAUCUAAUGGAAAACAUUGAUUUUCCCAAUUUGUUAACGCUUCUAUCUACUUGUUUUUUCGAUUUUA